AUUGGAUACACCAGGUAAGAAGAUCAUUGCAUAAAAUCUAGAUUCAGAACUAAUACUUGAUAACUAGUUUUGAUAGUCGUCCAUCGGGUAACUUUUCUACUAAAUUCAGCAAAAAAUCCAUAUAUUUUUUUUUUUUGAAAAACAAAUCCAUAUGGUUGACCCCUUAAAAUCAUAAGAAAUCGAAUUAUCCGUUUUCUCGAUAUAUAAGAACAAUACGUUACAUAUACUCAUCAUCUUAAACCCACUAAAAAAAAAGCUGCAUAACACAUGAGAAAAUGAGUAUCACCCUAUUUCUCGGCGUAUCCACCGCCCUCGUCAUUCUCUACUCGGUCCAAGCCACAGUAAUAAGCGACCAAAAUAAAUCGAUGAUGCAAUGCGUAACAAAACUAUUGCCAUGUCGUCUGUACGUUAACUCCGGGGUUCCUCCACCGAUGUGGUGUUGCAAUCCAUUGAAAGAUAUCGUGGAGAACGACGUGACAUGUCUAUGCGAAGCCUUCAAACAUCCAGACAUGAUGGCACUCAUUCAUCUCGACCAAGAGGGUGCUCUUAAUCUCAUUAGUUCAUGUGGAGCUAGUUAUGAUGCGUCACGUUGUAACGCUGAUUCUCCCUCUGCUGCGUCGACCGCGGGAUCUACCACCAGCGGGAGCUCUUCAGCCAGGACCUCCAAAAUUGCAGCGCUAGCUAUCAGUUUGUUGGACUUUGAUGCUUCUUCAGACCAGAAAUGA